AUGCCAAGAGAAAUUAGUGGCAUUCCAAAAGAAUCCGGUGACUGGAUCGGUUGGUUCCGCUUGGGCCUGUGGGCACCUUCUGAUGACACCGCGGGACCGCGGGUUUAA